AUGGCAGAGAUUGCUGUUCUUCUUGUCCUGAAAAAGAUUGCCAUCGCUCUGGCAGGAGAGACCCUAAGUUUUGCUAAACCUUUGCUUGCAAAGAAAUCUGAGUUGGUAGCAGCACUCCCAGAUGACAUGAAACUGAUUAGUAAUGAGCUUGAGCUUAUUCGGGCAUUUCUUAAGGAAAUUGGACGUAAGGGUUGGAAAAGUGAAGUAAUAGAAACAUGGAUUGGGCAAGUCCGAAGACUGGCUUAUGAUAUGGAAGACAAUGUAGAUCAUUUUAUUUAUGUAGUUGGUAAACACAAUGAGAUAGGAUCAUGGUGGGAUUACAUGAAGAAAAUAGCCAAGAAACCUCAACGGCUGUUUUCGCUAGAUGAAAUUGCUGGUGAAAUCAAGAGAAUAAAGCAAGAGCUUAAACAACUCUCUGAAAGUAGAGACCGCUGGACUAAACCCUUAGAUGGUGGGACUGAUAUACCUGCAGGAAGCUAUAAAACUGAAAAGGAAAUAUAUCUUCCUGGACAUGAUUACUCAAUCAGUGACGAAGAGCUUGUGGGAAUUGAUAAAAAUAAGCAAACCUUGAUUAGUUCAUUAACAUUUGAAGAUCCAUCACUUCGGAUCAUUGCUGUCUGGGGUAUGGGUGGCAUUGGGAAAAGCACUCUUGUCAAUAAUGUGUACAAAAAUGAAGGAUCCAACUUUGACUGUCGUGCAUGGGUUUCUAUCUCUCAGUCAUAUGAACUAGAAGAUAUAUGGAAGAAAAUGCUGACAGAUCUCGUCGGGAAAGAAUUUGAUCCUGGAACAAUGGAUAGUGCAGAACUAAGAGUGAAAUUGAUAAAUUCUCUAGAUAAAAAACGGUACUUGAUCAUACUGGAUGAUGUCUGGAUGGCUGAUGUUCUUUUUAGAAUUAAAGAGGUUCUUGUAGAUAAUGGCCUUGGAAGCAGAGUAAUAAUCACAACAAGAAUUGAGGAGGUAGCUUCAAUAGCUGAGGAUAGUUGUAAGAUCAAAGUAGAACCUCUUGGUGUCCAUGAUUCCUGGCAUGUAUUUUGUAGGAAGGCAUUUCCGAAAGUUGAAAAUCAUAUCUGCCCUCCAGAGUUACAUCAGUGUGGUAUAAACAUUGUGGAGAAAUGUGAUGGUUUACCAUUAGCCCUUGUGGCAAUAGGAAGCAUAUUGUCGCUGAGACCGAAGAAUGUUAAUGAGUGGAAGCUAUUUUAUGAUCAACUAAUUUGGGAGCUACACAACAAUAAGAAUCUUAAUCACGUGGAGAAAAUCAUAAAUCUAAGCUAUAAAUACCUACCGGACUAUUUGAAGAACUGCUUCCUGUAUUGUGCUAUGUUUCCAGAAGACUAUCUAAUACACAGAAAGAGAUUGAUUAGAUUGUGGAUAGCUGAAGGAUUUAUUGAACAAAAAGGGACAUGCAGCUUAGAAGACAUUGCUGAAAGUUAUCUUAGAGAACUUGUACGACGGAGCAUGCUUCACGUUGCACAGAGAAACAGCUUUGGUAGGAUUAAAUGUAUUCAAAUGCAUGAUCUUGUGCGUGAACUAGCCAUUUUCCAGUCUAAAAGAGAGGGUUUCAGUACAACUUAUGAUGGAAAUAAUGAAGCAAUGCUAGUGGGAUCAGAUUCUCGACGAGUGGCUGUGCUCCAAUGCAACAAGGGCAUUCCGUCAAACAUUGAUGCAUCCAGGCUUCGCACCUUCAUAACGUUUGACACCAGCAGGGAAUUAUCUUCGUGGUAUUCUUCCAAACCGAAGUACCUUGCGGUAUUAGACUUAUCAGGCUUGCCUAUUGAGACUGUUCCAAGUUCAAUUGGGGAGCUAUUCAACCUUAGGCUUUUGUGCCUCGAUGACACCAAAGUGAAAGAACUCCCUAAAUCUAUUACAAAACUUCAAAACCUACAAACAUUGAGUCUUGAGAAUGCAGAGUUAGUGAAGUUGCCAGAAGGGUUUUCAAAACUGAAGAAAUUGCGACAUCUUCUGGUUUCAAGGUUGCAAGAUGUAACUUACAACAGUUUCAAAAGUUGGGAAGCUGUGGAGCCAUUUAAGGGCUUGUGGAGUUUGAUUGAACUGCAAACUCUGUAUGCCAUUAAAGCAAGUGAAGUAUUUGUUGCAAAACUUGGAAAUUUAUCCCAGCUGAGAAGCCUUAUAAUUUGUGAUGUAAGGAGUAGCUACUGUGCACAAUUGUGUGGCUCUUUGUCAAAGAUGUGCCAGCUGUCACGAUUAACGAUAAGAGCAUGUGACGAAGAUGAACUGCUACAGCUGGAUGAUUUAACAUUUCCAAAUCCUCUUCAAAUCCUUAGUUUAAACGGACGACUGUCAGAAGGAACUUUCACAUCUCCCUUUUUCUUAAAUCAUGGAAAUAUGCUUCUUAGGCUCAUGCUAUUUUACAGUCACCUUUCAGAAAAUCCAGUACCUCUCUGA